AUCAACGGUACGUGUUCCUCGGAGCUCAGAUCAGUUCCCACGUGUACUUUUCUGAUUCAACCAAAAUUGCGUUUCUGUGGACGCGACUCAUCAUUACCUCCCACGCUAUCAUAUCAAUUCAUCAGAGCAAUCUCCACCCUCGGAUCCUCCCGUCACACCAACCUCUUAUUCUAUAAAUUCUCACUCUGUCUCUUCAUUCUUCUCAAACACACUAGUCUUAAAACCACGACAAUCAUUCUCCGAUUUGCACCACUUUCACUGUCGAUUCACUAUUUUCUCUUACCUUCUCUGAUGGCUUUGUCUUUCACUCUCAUUCUCAUGGUCGCCGCCAUGUUAGUCUUUUCCGUCGUUGCACAAUCUCCGGCGUCGUCUCCAAAUGCCGCUGCUACCUCACCGGCCGUUUCUCCGUCCAAGUCUCCACCCACCGUUUCUCCGUCACCGGACUCCGCCGUGAGCUCUCCGCCAUCUCCUCCUCCAUCGUCUGCGUCCUCUCCCUCCCCUUCCGUCUCUCCAUCGUCGAUCUCUGCUCCUCCGUCCGAGGCUCCCGCACCUUCUGAGAAUGGCGCUGCCUCGUAUGGAUUUUCUACCGUAGGAUCUGUCGUAGUUGGUUUCUUCGCUGCCUUAUUGGUCCUUUGAAACGCCUAAUGUAGGAAAAGUAUUCUCUCUCUUUGAUUUAGAGUUUGUCGUAGCUAUAGUCUAUUGUUAUUAUUAUUAUUUCGUUUGGUUUGGAAAAGACGUUUCGCUUCACCUUGUUAUUUUUCAUUGAAUUCGUAGUGAUGCAUAGGCGGUUCGGUGAAAGUAACUUGGUCUCAUCUUUCGUUAGAGAUUUGUGAUUAUGUCUUGAUUGUUAUAACACUCGGAGGCUCUUGCUCCUUAUUCUUGUUGCGUACUUUGAUUCGA